GUCCUCACGCCCCCUCGCCCCGUCCGGGCUGGGGCGGGAGGCCCAGGUGAAGGAGCAGGCGGGGAGCAAAGGUUGGCGUCUUCAUGCGCGGACCUUCGCCAGAGGCGCGGUGGCAUCAUGACGGUGGGAGCCAAGCUCCGAAGCAAGGCGGCAAGCAGCCUCCCGCGCCGGGGGCCCCGGGGGCGAGGGCGGUCGGAGGGGGACGAGGAGGCGGCCAUCAUCCUGGAGCACCUGGAGUGCGGGGACGAGGACCCCGAGGUGGCGGCGAGCGAGGCGGACGGGCGGUGCCCGGGGUCCCGGAGCGCGCGGAGGGUGCACCUCACCCUCCUGCCCGAGCGCUACGAGCCGCUGGAGGAGCCGGCGCCCGGGGAGAAGCCCAAGAGGAGGUACCGGCAGAAGCUGAAGAAGUACGGCAAGAAUGUUGGGAAGGUCAUCACCAAAGGAUGCCGCUACAUGGUCAUCGGCCUGCAGGGAUUCGCUGCAGCCUACUCAGCCCCCUUUGGAGUAGGCACCAGUGUGGUUUCCUUUGUCCGCUAGUGGGAGCUGCUGGGGCAAGAGACACACAGAAGAACUGGAAGUCUCUGCUCCGGGAACAGGGCGGAUGCAAGAACAUUUGAACCCACAGAAUCCUUGGAUUAAAAAAAAAGUCUUUCUUCAUCGAAUUGGAUGAGUGUUAUGAAUGAGUCAUCCUGCCCCGUCUGCUGAACUUUUCAUGCCUCUUGGACACAGGUGGAUCUGAUGGACAGUCCCACAGAAGAUUAGGCCAAGGAUAGGUUUGCUAUCAGAGUCAGUUUACCAAAGCCUGCAUUUUCACGUGAAGAUGGAAGAGAGGUGGGUGGAGGAGAAUACUUGAUGAAUGAGAGCACUGUGGGUGGGUUCACAUAGUAGUGAAUAUGAAGGGAAAAGAAUGAUUUUGACCUAGGGUCGGAUGAUCUGUUAUGUUCUCCUAGAAAGGAGAUUGGAAGGUUUCUCAUAGCCCUUGACUGCCUUGGUUCUGAGGACAGAAAGGAGCUGUUUAUUUCUGAAGUCAUUCUCCCUCAUCUCCUUCCUCCACCCCUCCCAUCCCUAGCCCUUUGUCAUCCGGAUUUGAAUUAUAGGCUUGAGAAGAAGGAAGGAAGAAAAAUUCUCUUUGAAGGCUAUGAUGCUCUGAACACCCUGUUGACAGAUGUGUCUUGACUGUUUAAAGCAGAUAAGAGCUUACCAUUUUUACCCAUCUCAGACAUGAAUGUGGAGCUGACAGUGAGGGAGAGAGCAACAGCAAGUUCAGAUACAGGCUUGUGAGGCUGUUUUUUGUGCCCAGUCCAGCCCAGUUGGGCCUAGCCAUGUGCUUGUGACUGCCAGACCCCCCUGCAACAGCUCCAGGCCCACUCUGAGCAGGCUGAGGUCAUGGGCCACGUGACCCAGCCUGCCUGGCAACAUCAGCACACUCCUGACCACUGCUCACCAUCUCCUCUGGGUCGAGCUGAUGCAGGGUGGUUUGUCUUUGGACACAGGUGCCAAGAUAGAGACAGAGACACACAACACCUGGAAAUGAAAGUAUGUGAUUUGGGGAAGGAACCAGGAAGUAGAAGACAGGUGAGAAGGACAUUGGAAAGAGAGAAGUGGACUGUAAGAGCCAGCUCAGGAUUAUCAGUGUUGGGGAAUCAUGGGAGGACCAGGCCUCCAGCUCUAGGCAGAGGCCAAAGGAGGCUGGGGGAGCUCCCAGUGGCUGCCUUUGGAGCAUCCUUUCCUUUUCUACACUGCCAGUUUGACCUCAUCUUACCUGGAUUCAAAGGUUAGGAUGGGAGUAAGUCCUGUUCCUGAUACCCACCAAGGAUAAGCCAUGGACUACCACUGAACCAUUGGUCAGGGAGGUAAAAGAAACAGGAAAUUCUUCUCUCAACCCCCAUGACAGGGCAACCAUUGUGACUUUGAUCCCAAAACAUCCAGAUUCCAAAGUGGUUGUUGCCGACCAGUCUGCAGGUGCAGGAGCAUGCAGGGGAGACCUCAACCAGGUGGAAGUGAAAAAUGUGGGAAGACUGACUGACAGAGAGACAGACAGAAAAAGGAAUGGGGUAGAAGAGAAAGUUGUACCUGUGAAGCUAGACUCAGCCUCACUUUCAGGAGGUUCUUGUUCAAAAUGAACUUGAACCCAAUUCCUACAACAUUAAUAUUUGUGAGGAAAAGAGAAAACCAAUGAUCUGGUUUUAGUCCAAAUGAUGAAAUUUGAUAAUGGCUCAUUUUCACACAUCUAAGGUGAUCAUAGCUUGCCUGGCAAAACUGGGAGUCAGGGAGACGAAAAGUCAUAAAUGGAAGAAAAUGGAAAGCUUAGUUAUUGAGUGUUUUAGUUUCCUGUCUGCUAAAACAAAUAACAUACAGUGGGUUAGCUUAACAAUGAUUUUUUGGCUCACAGUUUCAGAAGGCUUAAUUCUUCCUGGGGUCUUCUGGCUGGCCAGCAAACUUUUGGGUUCCUUGGCUUUUCUGUCCAGUGUUAAAGCACAUGGCAAUGUCUUUUCCUUUCUCUUCUGGUUUCAUCGAUUCUGACGACUUCUCAUGACUUUCUUUCUGUGCCCAAUUUCCUUUGCUUAUAAGGGCUUCAGCCACAUUGGAUUAGAGCCCACCCUCAUUCAGUUUGGGCACCUUAACUCAUAGCUUUAAAGGUCCUCUUUACAAAUGGAUUCACACCCACAGGACCAGGGCUUGGGACCUGAACAUGCCUUUUGAGGGGAACAUGAUUCAAUCCCCAACAUUGAGAGAGUCAGGAUGUGUGCAGCUUGCUGGUCAUGGGAUAUGAAUACCUGGAGAAAGGAGCCUGUGGUGUGUUCAGACGACACCAGCUAACGGGCACCAAAAAAGCCCACAGUGUCUUCUUGGGAGAGGCAAGUGGGGCCCAGGGAAGGGAGAGAUCUGCUGAGGGUUUUUCUUGCCUGGGAGACUGUUCAAGGAAGACUUUCCUUCCCCCCCAAAUUGGAGAAACUGUAAGGCCAAGCACAAUUAUCCCUAAAAUUCUUGAAUUCUAGUUAAGAAUUAACCCAGAAAUUUCAAAAUUCAAAACCUCCCAGGGAUUGUCAUGGGAGUCAGGUUCAUGUGUACAGAAGAUUAACUUCUCCAAACUGUGGCUCAGCCCCAGUGGCCGAGUAGCUGUUUCCCCACCACGGGGCACUGGGAGGCUGAUGUUUUCCUUUUACUCAGUUCAUUGAGCUUAAGAACUUGAACUCUCGCCAUCAUUUUACCAAAUGCCAUUUCUUUCUUUUGAAUUUUUUUGUUGCUUAAGAACUUGAACUCUCGCCAUCAUUUUACCAAAUGCCAUUUCUUUCUUUUGAAUUUUUUUGUUGUUGUUAAUUUCAGGGCCCACACCCUACUGAGAACUGGGUUUUUGAGCUUUCCCUUUACAUGUUUGACCAAGAGGCUUUUGUAUUUCCUUUGCUUGCCCUAUCAUGUAAAUAAAAGCCCCUAAUUUGUCUAACA